CCAGGCUGCCUCGCGAGCAGUUGCGAUUCGUUCUCAUGUCAAUUUAGGAGUAACAUGGCUUCCCGCUUAGAGUGGAUCCCAGAUUCCCUGUACAACUCGGCUGUUACUACGCUGGUCAACAACUACCCGAUCUUUCAGAAGGACUUAAGAUAUCUUCCGGAGAGCAUCGCCUUCGACAUAUUAUAUCAGCUGUACAAGCAGAACAAACUAUGUUUUCUAGGCUUCGAAUUUUACGAUUUGGACAUCUUCGCAAAGAUUACAAAAGUGAAAGACAAGAGGCACCUCCUGCACCACUGCUUCCAAGCAGUUAUGGACCAUGGCACCCAGACAGCACAUUUGUUAGCCGAGUCCUAUCACCGACGGUGUGCAUCUGCAUCACCGAAUGCUUCACCACACCACUACUCAUUUGAGUACCUCAUAUCUGUAGGAAUAUCUAUUGGCAAUUUCCUCAGCGAUGCUGGCUGGUUCCGUGAGAGUGAGAAGGUUCUGCUUAGCUGUCUUUCAUUGUGUCGUAAGAUAGAUGACUACAAGCACUGGGUGUCUGCGCUGGAAUGUUGCCUAAGGCUACUGCACGUACAGCAGUCGUACUGCAAGUUCACAGAAGCCAUGGAUACCUUGGAGGAGACCAAGCAGUACAUUGUCAAGCUCACCAAUGUGGGCCACUCGCUCAACCUGGCGGGCCUCUACUCCGAGUUCUCAUCACUCUACUCCAGCCGUAGCCAGUACAAAGAGGCAUAUGAAUGGGCAAUGCAGGCUCUAAUGCACCUCAAUUCCAAUGCACACCCUAAGUCAAUUAUUGAUGUCCUCCGGCAAGCUUCGAAAGCAUGUGUUGUAAAAAGGGAAUUCAAGCAGGCGGAGCUCCUGAUUAAGCAGGCACUUCACAUGGCCUGGCAACAUUUUGGUCGGGAACACCCAAAAACAGCAGACACCCUUCUUGACUAUGGCUUCUACCUGCUGAACACAGACUCUGUGAGUCAGUCUGUACGAGUAUAUAGGAAAGUCUUGGAUAUACGGCAAAGUGUCCACGGUGGCAACAACCUCCAUGUUGCCCUUGCACAUGAAGAUCUUGCUUACUCAUCCUAUGUUCUCGAGUACCGAUCUGGAAGGUUUCAGAAUGCAAGAGACCAUGCUGAAAAGGCCAUGCAGAUCAUGACCCGUCUGCUCCCUGAAGACCAUUUACUCCUGGCUUCUUCAAAAAGAGUGAAAGGUGGAUGCAUAUUAUCUUGUGUGUCUAUUGCUCAUAAUGUAGAAAGUUAGAAAAGGUAAAUGUGU